UGGUCCUCAUUAUUUAUUUUUUAAUUAAUAAUCAUUUUUAUGCGUUUGGAUGAAAGGAGGCUAAACUGGAUUCAUUCAGCUUCGUGCGAUGAUUAACUUACAGCAGCUUCUUCUUCCGAGUGUUAUUUUGUUCAUUCUACUCUGUGGCAGAACUGCAGCUGUGAGGGUCAUUGGUCGGAGUGCAGCUGCUACAGAAGGAAGCGAUGCCACCUUGUUCUGCCAGCUGAUUGAGACAAAUGAGAGACUAACACAGAUUAUGUUCUAAAGAAGGACUCGAGAAACGCUCACAAAUAAGAACUUUUAUGUCAUUACACCAGACGGCAAAACAGAAGAUAUAAAUGGAUUAGGACACAGAGCUGAAUUUAUUGGGAACAUUCAAGAAGACAUCGGCUCAAUUCCUCUGAAGAACGUUACAGUAUUAGAUCAAGGAAUUUAUACUUGCAUCUUCAACAUAUUCCCAAGUGGAACAUAUCAGAAACAGAUUAAUCUUAUCAUGCUAGCUGUAAGGGUCAUUGGUCGGAGUGAAACUGCUACAGAAGGAAGCGAUGCCAUCUUGUUCUGCCAGCUGGUUGAGACCAAUGAGAAACUAACACGGAUUACAUGGCAAAGGACUCGAGAAACGCUCACAAAUAAGAACUUUUAUGUCAUUACAACAGACAGCAAAACAGAACAUAUAAAUGGAUUAGGACACAGAGCUGAAUUUAUUGGGAACAUUCAAGAAACGACUGGCACAAUUCUUCUAAAGAAUGUUACAUUAAGAGAUAAUGGGGUUUACACCUGCAUCUUCAACAUAUUGCCAAGUGGACCAUUUAAGACAAAGAUUUAUCUCAAUGUGCUAGUUCCUCCUGUUGCCGGUGUGACCACUGAUGUGAUUCCUGUUGCUGGUGGGUCUGAAGUGAUCUUAGCCACCUGCACUGCUGUUAAGGCACGGCCUGCUGCAGAUGUGUCCUGGAGGCUGGGUGCUCUGAGCACCUCUGUAAAAGUACAGACCAACAUUUCUGCAGACCCUGAUGGAACCUACACUGUCAAAAGCUUCCUGAUUGGUGUUGCAUCCAAAGACCUAAACCAGCAGAAGGUUCAGUGUUUAGUGAACCACAUCAGCCUGAAUGAGGAGCUGAUACUAGACUACGCUCUAAUUAUCCACUAUCCUCCUCAGGUUGUGUAUAUUAAGUCAGUCAAUGUUCUAACGCCUGAAGAAUUUCAGUGUGUAGUUGAUGCCAACCCACGACCAACAUUCACUUGGAGCAGGGAAAACAAGGCUCUUUCCAGGCAUGUUGAUGCUGACAGCCUGAUAAUCCCACAGACUUCUGAUAGCAAUGGCUUGUAUCUCUGUAAUGUCUCAAACCAGUAUGGAAAUGGCACAGGUACCCUUUACAUGCAAGUUUCCAGAGAAUCCACCACUGUCUGUUGGGUUUUGUUCAGCUUUCUCCUCCUUGGCUUUAUUGCUACUUGUUUAUUGGAAUGGAAAUUUAACGUAUUUGAGAGAUUAAGAACAUUCCUUUCAGAAUUGAGAAACAGAACUAGGCAUGAUCCUGUGUCUACGGGUAGUUCCAUGUCACACUCAAGAAGUAGAAGUCAAGACCACUAAGACAGCAAUGAAAGCCAAUAAGACUGAGAGCCUGUCCAGCUUUAAUAACCUGGAGCUGGAACAGGAACUACAGCAGAAGAGGAGAGAAAGAAGAACUGGUGACAACAUUGAGCCCUCAUUCACCAGGCUUGGGCUCACCAACACCAGGACUUCUGUUCAUCCAUUAUUAUUCCUUUUUUCUUCCUCUCCAGGGGGACCAUACCUUGUCGUGGUGGAGAGGCUUUUACACUACCGGUCAAAAGUUUGGGCACACAUUUCUCAAUUUUUCAAAAUAUUUCCACAAAGAAAUAAUACAAAUGGAAUUUUGCAGAUACCAAAAAAUGGUGAAACCAGACCAUCUACUAGUUUAGGUUAAUUCAGCUUUUGUUGGUGUACACACUCUUGAUCAUCAGCUCAAGCAGCUUCAUGUGCAUUUAAUCACAAGUUAUUUAGAUCAAAAUGUGAAUAAUUAAGUUCGAAUAAUUUCUAAGUUAAUGAUUAUUACAAAGACGAAGAGAUCGGGGAACAGACAUAAUGAGAAACACACCAAACAAAUCCAAAACAUUGAACAACAGAAAACACAAACCAGGACAACGAGGGACAGGUGGGGAACAGGUGGUGAAACAAGAGGGCAGGACUGAAAACCAAAACAGAAGUACAUGGACAGGACUGGGAAGUAAACAACACAAGCUCAUGGGCAGGACUGGAAGGGGCCAAUCGUGACAAUGUUCAAUGAAACAUGCUUUAAAUGAUUUGCACUUUUGUUUUUAUUA